UCUUCCUAUUCUUAUCUCUGUGUUGUGUAGUAAAGCAAGAAAACAGUGUAUUGUAUGGAUAUAACGCGUGCUGGUGGUGGUGCUGGUGGUGGUCAGAAACUAGGUCAUAUCUCUUCGAGUUUCCGUGGGCUGUGUCGUGCUGCUGUGUGCUGGUGCGAGGAAACAACAGUGCGGGAGUGUGGCAUGUGCUGCGUGGGUGGUGUGUGGGCUCGCUGUGCAGUGUGGCGUGGACAGGUGACAAUCAGGCCAAUACCCGGGUGAAAAAAUACGGUUGUUGUUGCGUUGUUGUGCCUUGAGGGAGGAAGAGGUCGUGGCUGCAGUGACGCCGCCGCCGCCCCUCCGCUGACGGCCUCUGGAACCUGUGUAUCGCGACUGUUGUUUAUUCAUACCUGUGUACAUUCCUUCGCGGCGGCAAUGUAUGUCAGUGCAAGGUGGUGCGGCUGUAGUAAUAGUGGUAGCAGCAGCAGUGGUAGCAGCAGCGGGAGUGGGAGUAGUAGGAGUCGUACAGUACGGCGGUGGUGGUAGUAGUGGAAAACCUUAGUGUGGCCAAUUGUGAUGAUGGUGUCGACGAUGCAACACCUCAUGAAGCAGCACAGACACAGACACAAACACAAACACAAGGGGAGCAGAAAUACCAGCGUGCGUUGAGUCAGAUAAGAAUAAUGAGGAGUCAGGGUGUGGGGAUGUGAUAAGGGCCAACGAGGGCGGAAGAAGGGAAGGCAGUAUCCCACCCACCUUCCCCACACCUCCCUCAACACGCAGCGUGGUGUACUGUUAGCAAAAACGCAAGAAAAUAAUGAAAAAAAAAAAAAAGAAAAGAACGGCUGAGUCAUUGAAAGAUUACACUCGCAAACAUGUCAGUUUUUUGCAUGCAUGUGGCUCUUGGGUGGUGAAGGUGGUGGUAGUGGUGAUGGUGAUGGUGCCAUACUUGAAGGAGUGUCAUUAAUGGUGAGGAUGGUGAAGGGUAUACUGAUGAUGACAUAGUGGUGAAAUAGUAAUAAAAGCAUAGUUGUAAAGGUAACCGCAGUGGUGAUGACAUGACAAAAUGAUGGUAGACGUGACAUAGUAGUGAUGAUGUACUUAGAAAAAGUGAUGAUGUUCUGGUGAUGACGGUGAGGCGGUGAUGCUAAACUCAAAAGUAACAUAAGCAGUGGUGACAUUGAUGACACAUGAUACCAUUGAUGAUAUAAUGUUGUUAUACUGUAAAGAUGGUGACUGUACCAAUAAAUAACGCACCAAAACACUAUCACAUCCACUACGUCCCAUAAGAUGCGUCAAUAGCGUUAUGGGGAUCUGGACAUGACAAAGGCGGCAGUGGUGGUGGUGGGGGUAGUAGCGACAGGCGGCAGGCAUCACAAGGGUCACCAAGAUACAAACAAGGCAGGCAGUGGCGGCAGUGGUGCGGCAGUGUGAUGGUGUAGUGGCAGAAUGGCGCCACCAGGAUAGUGAUAAUGGCGGCUGGAGUUGUUGUAUCAGUCACGCAGCGGUGGCGGGAGGUAGUGGCGGAGUAGUGAAAGAGGGAGUGAGGGAGAGUGUCGCGGCGCGUGGUGGACUGGUGGUGGCGGUGGUGGCAUUAGUGGCACUGGGCGGCGAUCGUGGGAGGAGUGUAGCUCUUCGCUUGCUGGGACUGAAUGAACUGACCAACGCGGACGUACUUAGUCGCCUCACAUGUGCUGUGUAUUCAGAUGUAUCAGCAACACUAACAUAAACAUAUUCUGUGUUGGAAGAAGUGAGUGACGUGAAGAAAUACAAAUGAACGAGUGACUUCAGGCUCACGGGCAGUCAUGGAGCUGACUUGAAUAAUGUGAAAGUGACAAUGAACUUAAGAAACAUAAGCGAAAACAAAUAUGAGUACCAAAAAAUGAAAGCAAGUCGAAGGAAAAGAAAACCAUAUUGAGUGAACAUGGGAGGGAAGAAACUAAUUAUUCACAAGACUUUGAACACUUAUGAAGUACGAUAAUUGUUGGAACUUCUACGAGACAAACGAGGCAUAGAAAAAGACGUCAUUGUUUUGCAGCAGUCUCAGGAUGAAGAGGAAAGAUGCAGUACCGAGGGAGUGGCGGUGGGAUGAGUGCGCGGCACCCCAAGGUUCGUGACCCGCGACACUUGCUGGACAGUGCUCCCCGCGCCCCGGACGCAGCGCCGCCCGCCACACCUCGUGACUCCCCCGUCCCGGCAGCCCCCGCCAGUGUGGCCGCUGUUGUCAUGGCCAACAGCGUGGAGGGCGCCGCGCCGCAGCCCUCCAGGCAGCCAGCAGCCUCGGAGGUAGAGGUGGCGGCGGGGAAGGAGGAGCGGCGGCCCAUCGAGCCUGUGCCCAAGAAGCGGAGGCUGCUGCAGGCGCAGGACGAGAGAGAGGACAUCCUGGCGAAGGUGAUCUCUGAAGUGGGUAUUGAUGAUGACUCUAACUUGGUGGAGGGCUACGUGGAAGACCUGCCCAUCUCCGGCCAGGGCGAGGGCGUGGUGGGUCUGUCCUACACAAAGGAAGUGCGGCCCCCUCACCCAAGUCUGCCUCUCCCUCCCAGGCUGAGAGUCACAGACCCUCGCAUGCGUCCCGCCUUCCCCUACCAGACCCUGGAGGGGCCCUACGUUGUGAGAGGACUGCGACCCCCAUACCCCCAUUACGCAGCCAGGCCCCAUGACCUCAUAACUCAGCAGGGACCCCCGCCACAGUACCGCCCAGUGAACGCCUACCCUCCCCGCCACUACCCGCGGGUGCCCCAACCGCCGCCACAGACCCUAGCACGGCUGCCCAUGGUGCGGCCCUCUGACCGACGUUUGUCUCCCCGCCACGGCUCUCCACCCGUGCCCCGUCACUUCCGUCCGCCCCCUCUCCACACCUCACCCACGGGGCCCCCACCAAUGCACCAGACUCACGAGGUGCACCACGUUUUCGCCGCCCCAUCACACCCCGCCGCCUUGCCGGGCUCCAGUCCGGAAUCCCCAACACACCUCUACCCGAGUGGACCGCUAGGUCGCCCUGAACUCAAGGAUUCCCACCUGCGUGAAGUGUAUGUUCCUGUUCUCCCCCUUCCGGGCGGCCCCUACGCCAACCUACACCCCAGGAUACCCGAGGGCUUCACCAGGCUGCCCUUCGAUCCGAGAGCAGCGCUUGGGAGGGAGAGGACGCCUCAUCAGGUGGUGGUGGCGCCACACCUGCCCCCGAGGUCUGUCUACCCACCAGAACGGCUUCCCGGCACUGAGCCACCGUGGCGAUCCCAGCCUGCGGGAGACGAUGCGUGGAGACCUGCCAGGCGAGUGAUAGAGCCCCCGGCGCCCUGUGUGGAACUGAUCCCCAUCGGGCCUCUCCGCAGCUCCACCGCCACUACGCCUUCACCGGAGGAUGGGCGCGUGUCAGACCCCGAUAACAAGCCUUCCGGUACACACCCCCCACCGGAAUCCAGGCCCCAGGCUGGAGUGGAGUGCCGUAGACAGUCAGCCCCGGCCCAGAGUGAUCAGCCCCAGCGACCCCCAAUCACCCAACGCUCCCUGUCUUCUGAUCCGCCCUUUGGUGACGCAGUGAACGCCGUCCCGCUGGUGGAGGCGCGUCAGGUGGACGGCCGUGUGGUGACCAACAUUAUUACGGGGGACAGAGUGUACAAUGGCAGAAACGCGCCCUCUAAAAGAAUUAAAAGGACAAGUAUGUCGUGCGAGGAGGAGGCGAGGCCGUCUUCCUCGAACAGUGACGUCACCGUCGAGAAAGAGGUUUACAUUGACCGUGACGGUGGCACGGUGACGCCCCAGAGUGGACUGCCCACUCUUUGUGACGACGCGGGUCCCGCCCUGUCGCAGUCGACCAGAACCUGUAGGCCUGCCUCCGAGCCGCCCUCGGGAACCAUGGCGCCGCCUGUCACAGGAAGGCGGCCUGCCUCAGUGCCUGCCGCGGGAACAACCUCGGUACUGUGUCCACGGAGCGAAGUCCUGGAAGACGCGGCGUUCACGGAGCGCCUGCAGUUGGUGCUGAACGACCUGGUGUCCGUGCCCGGGGCCACUCAGCUGCAGGAGCUGUCGCGCUCUCCCGCCAGGCUGCUGAGCACUGUGCUGAGGCGCUGGGGCGUGCAGCCCUCCUCACACCCAGACUUACAGAAACGGCUGCGGGAGGACUUUAAGACGAUGGUGAAGUUAUGCAUGCCGCCCACGCUGCUGCAGGACUUUGGGUGGGAGUCUUGCAGCUCAGAGGAGAUUCUCACGCAACUCAUCCAGCUCUCCCAUAACGGAAAUUUGGAGCGGCCGUCCAGCAUAACCAGCUCCAUCCCGCUGGACGAGGCCCUGGAGGACGACGUCUUCAGCCCCUCCACCCCUCACCCACUCCACCCAGCCCCUCUGCCUCUCCAGCCCCCACCAGCUGCCUCCCAACACUCUCACAACACUCCACCAGCCUCCCAGCCCACUCAGCCCUCACCAGCAGCCUCCCAGCCCUCUCAGUCCCCAUCACCAGCCUCCCAGCCCUCUCAGCCUCCACCACCAGCCUCCCAGCCCUCUCAGCCCCCAUCACCAGCCUUCCAGCCCUCUCAGUCCCCAUCACCAGCCUCUCAGCCCCCUCAGCCUCCACCACCAGCCUCCCAGCCCUCUCAGCCUCCACCACCAGCCUCCCAGCCCUCUCAGCCCCCACCACCAGCCUCCCACCCCUCUCAGCCCCCAUCACCAGCCUCUCAGCCCCCUCAGCCUCCACCAGCGGCCUCCCAGCCCUCUCAGCCCCCAUCACCAGCCUCUCAGCCCCCUCAGCCUCCACCAGCAGCCUCCCAGCCCUCUCAGCCCCCAUCACCAGCCCCUCAGCCCUCUCAGCCCCCAUCACCAGCCUCUCAGCCCCCUCAGCCUCCACCACCAGCCUCCCAGCCCUCUCAGCCCCCACCACCAGCCUCUCAGCCCCCUCAGCCUCCACCACCAGCCUCCCAGCCCUCUCAGCCCCCACCACCAGCCUCCCAGCCCUCUCAGCCUCCACCACCAGCCUCCCAGCCCUUUCAGCCCCCACCACCAACCUCCCAGCCCUCUCAGUCCCCAUCACCAGCCUCCCAGCUCUUUCAGCCCCCACCACCAGCCUCCCAGCCCUCUCAGUCCCCAUCACCAGCCUCCCAGCUCUUUCAGUCCCCACCACCAGCCUCCCAGCCCUCUCAGUCCCCAUCACCAGCCUCCCAGCUCUUUCAGCCCCCAUCACCAGCCUCCCAGCCCUCUCAGCCCCCAUCACCAGCCUCCCAGCCCUUUCAGCCCCCAUCACCAGCCUCCCAGCUCUUUCAGCCCCCAUCACCAGCCUCCCAGCCCUCUCAGCCCCCAUCACCAGCCUCCCAGCCCUCUCAGCCCCCACCACUAACGUCCCAUCCUUUUUCCACCACAUCACUAGUCUCCCAACCUUCUCAGCCCCAUGCAACACCCCUUCAUUCCCAAUCAGCUGUCUUCCAGUCCUCUGAGACCCCACCUCAGUCCACACUUCUGACUUUACAGCUGUCUCGGGUCCAGCCACCAAGAGCCCAUCAGCCCCCUCCAGCAGCCUCUCAGUUCUCUCAGCCCCCAUCUCAAAACUCCCAGCCCUGCCCUCUCCGGUCACCAAGCUCUCAUCCCUCUCAGCCCCUACCACCACCCUCCCAGCCCUCUCAUUCGCAGCCAUCAAUUUUUCAACCCUCUCAGUCCCCAUCAGCAGCUCCUCAGCCCCCAUCAAUAACCUCACAGUCCUCUCAACCCCAGCCUUCUCAGCCCCAAUACUCAGUCUCACAGCCCUAUCAGCCCCCACCGGCAGACCCUCAGCCCCCUCACUCCUCACCACCAGCCUCCCAGUCCAUUCAGCCCUUUCAUCAAGCUUCAGUCCCCUCUCUAUCCUCACCGCCUGCCUCCAAGCACCUUCCUUCACCCACUCUCCCUUCUCGUCCCUCUCACCUCUCACUCUCCUCCCCGCAGCCCUCUCAUCCCCCCACUCACCCUCACACCCCACAGUCCCCUCACCUCCAGUCCCCCACAUCUAGGCCCACUCAUCUCCCCCGGCAUAUCUUCCAGACCUCUCAACACCCGGCGCACUUCACGCAGCCCACCACUCACCACCAGACACACACCAGUCAGACCUCUCAUAUUCAUUCCCCUACAUCACAGCCCUCUCAUUUCCCAUUCUAUGUGUCCCGUCACCCGUACCCCCCACAGCACACCUCUCAGCCCCUCCCACUCACAUCCCGGCCCACGCAUCCACUCGUACCCUCCCCUCAACCUCUCCCCCACUCAUCCCAACCCUCUUCUCUCCCACCACAGAUCCCUCAGGUUACUUAUCAUCAAUCCCACGCGUCCAGGGCCCCUCCCCUGUCACUAACAUCCACUCAACCCCUUCCCCAUUCACCCCACCCCUCUCAGACCUCGCCACAUUCCCCGCACACCAUUCCCCACUUCCCUACAAAGGCUGAUAAAUUGUCAUACCCAAGGUUUCAGUACCACACACAAGCCUACCAACGCCCUCCACUUCCCUAUAGAUUCCCCACUCGCCCCUCGCAGCCUCCGCCUCAUCAUGGUGUUAGGAAUGCAACCAUGACGUCCCCAGGGAGUGUAGAGAACUUCCAUCAGCACUUCCGUCAGCAGCAGCACCAGCACCACCAGCAGCAGCAUCAGCAGCAACACCAGCAUCAGCCUGUGCGGUUCCCUUCUGGGAAAUGUAUAGGGAGCGAUGACGUGACGAGGCCCAAGGUCCACACCACAACUAACGGCCAAGCAUCGCCGCCCAGCAAAGGCCUCCCCACCUGAGCACGAUAAGAAAAAAAAAAAAGUGUAUCAGCUUAGCGGUUGGCACUCCUGUUAGCACCGAGGCUGGCACCAUCUCAUCGUAAAACUUUCAGCUUCGCGAGUAUCGAAGUCUCGAAUCCCUUCUUCACAGAGUCAACGCAGCGCCUGGCAUCUCCUCGUACCUUCGAGUACGCUUACUGAGUGGAGGCGACAGUGGCAGUAGAGCCACAGAGAUGAGAAUCCUUGUGGAAGCAUGAAAGAAGCUCACGUGUGAAUAUUUUAGCUGGGAACGUUUGAGAGGGAAGAACAAUACAGGUGGAGAAUGUGGGGGUGAACAGAAAAAGACUAUUUUGAAGAUGCUUUCCUCCCAUUCCAUAUUACAAAACAACGGUUCAUAUCCAUUAGCUCGGAAAAGUAGCCCCGUAACGUGUGCGGAAAGACAAAAUAGGAGUCGGGAGUGAAAGGUGUAGUGGUGGACAGAAAAUAACUGUUUUAGAGGGUAUUUUCUCUUCCUAUUCCAUCCGCAGUACAAUCACAGUGAUCCAUGUUCAUUGCUGGCUCAGAAAGGUAGUGUGAUGAGAGGCAUAGGACAGCAUGGGAGGCGGAGUGCUUCCCUGCUACCGCCCUCCCCCCUCCACGUCCCCGUCCCGUUCUUGGUUGUCAUGUGGUAGUAAAUGUUUUGGCAGACGAAUGCACUGUUAUUCUAGCUUCCUGUCAGUCCUGCUGAUUGUAGAUUUCUUAUGUUGUUGUGCAAAUGUUCGAUAUUUUAAUAAUAGCAAUAUUUUAGUUUUGCACUUAAUUUUAUACUAGUUCUUUGCCCUCUUCUCUUUAUCAUGUCACAAAUUUAUGUUCCUGUAGUUUGCUCAGACGUACUUUUCUGUACUAUAUUUUUUUUUUCCCCACGCUGCACUAAUGCGUGAUGAAAUUAAACCUACCAGUGUCUUCCAUUGACAUGACCGAUCUUAACUACUCUCUCUCUCUCUCUCUCUCUCUCUCUCUCUCUCUCUCUCUCUCUCUCUCUGUUACUCCACGAGCAUCGCUCUGUCACGUGUCGAGGCGCUGCGGGAUGUGCUAUUAUUUUCAUUACUCAGGAAAUUUCAGAUCUCACUCACAGGUGCACAAGGCGUUUGGUGGAUCGCUUAGGUUUGAAUCAGAACGCGAAUAACUUCCUGCAGUACGACCACUCUUCAGCGUGUUCCCUUAACCUGUAACCUCUGAUCUGCUGGCAACCUCCCCUCAAAACAUGACAUCUAACAAACUACUAGGACGAUCUAACAUUGAGGGAAAGGAAAGUAUAGUUGAUGUGAAUGCGAUGUCUUUGUUACUUGACUUCUGACAAUGCACGUACGUACAUCCAAUAGUAAUAGACAAGGUAGUAAUGUACUAACUUUGGGUACGCCUAAGCUUCCCUAUACUGAGUUAUACAAAUUUUAGUAAAUACCUAACGAUUAUUAAUCCGCCAUGGUGUCUAUGUAGGACUUUAUUCUGAAACACUUCUGCGCCACAACCCGACUACUUUCAAAAGACUCCAAUUAAAGUUAUAGUGGUUUUUAAAAUUGCUUUAUGGUUCUAGUGAAAGAUUAACAAGAUUUCUACAUUAUCAACAGGAGAAACACUCUUGAGAACCUAUCUAAGCAUCUCUGUGGCCUUUGAAAAUAGUCGUGGUGAGAGAGCAAAGCGUUUCAAAACACGGGCCUUAUCAAGAGAGGGAUGAGAGAGGCGAGUGUACUGGAAAAAUGUAAUCUUAGACCUUUCCCUUUUUAUUUUCCCGCUAUGGGCAUUUCCUCCCUUUGGCAUCUUUUUUUCAACCAUUAGUCUAACGUGUUCUGCCAUGUGUUUUUUUUUUUUUUUCGCUUUGUAUUUUGUCAUCAUAUCAUGUUAUUGAAUUUAUCGAAGGGAGAAAUGACUAGGAUAAGGUGUCAGCGGGGAAAAUGUAUGGGUGAAAAUGUAUAAAGGAAAAACGUAGUGUAUGUGAAAUCAGAGGAAGAAUAUCAUGGGGAAAAUGUUUAAAGGGAAAAUGUGUGUGGAAUCAGAGGGAAAUAUGUCACGGUAAAAUAUCACAGGAGAAAAUACUUAAUAAGGAGAAUGUAAAGGGGAAAUGUCCUGGAAGAAGAAAUAAAUGUCCAAUUAGGGAAACGAUUAGUAGGGAAAAUGACCGAGGGAAAAGUGCCAUAGUGAGAAAAUGUUCAGAAGGGAAAGUAUCUGAGGGAAAAGUGUCUUAGGAAGAAAAUAUUCAAGAAGGGAAAAUGUCUAAAGAGAAAAGCGUUUUUUUUUUUUUCAUUUCAUUUAUUUAUUUCAUUAUUUUUAUUUCAUUAUUAUUAUUAUUAUUUCAUUAUUAUUUCUUUUUUUUUAUGUAGGAGAGGCACCGGCCAAGAGCAACUAAACUAUAAGAAAUAAAAAAAAAAAAAAAAGACCCACUGCGGUGCGAGUCCUCAAACAAUCAGAAAUGAUCGUCAAAAACUGAAGGAUAAGUGUCUUGAAACCUCCCUCUUGAAAGAAAGCAUUCAAAUCACAGGAAGGAAGAAAUGCAGAAGCAAGCAGGAAGUUCCAGAAUUUACCGGAAAGGGAUGAAUUAUUGUGAGGGAAAAAGUAUUCUAGCAAGGAAUUAUUCAGAAGGGAAAAUGUCUGAGAGGGAAAUUUAUAUGGGGAAACAUUAGUGAGUCCCGAGCGAGGCAGCAAGAGGUGGCGCCAGGUGGUGCGUGGUGCAGGUGGUGGUGUCAGGGUAAUACAGUACAGUGGCUAGUGGCGUGCAGGUGGUGGAAAUGCCAAUGUGCACUCGUGGAUUGUGGUAAAGAAUUCCAAGAAAGUGAACGAACGGUAUUAUCUCUGUAAGCUGCGUCAGUCAUUUCUCGGAGUGUUUCAUCCUGUGUUCCAAAAUGCUGACUGUUGAUUCAUUCCCGUUGUUGUGUGUGUAUGCAUGACUCUCUGUGUGUGUGUGUGUGUGUGUGUGUGUGUGUGUGUCACAGUUCAAGGGUUUUCACUCGUCUAUCUACCUCUUCAAUGUACAUAAGCAGGCUAGAGUUAGGAGAUAUCGUCGACUGCGUGUUUUACUUAAUAUUUGUUGCAACUUUGCAUAAAUUAUAUACGUAGGUUACAUCUUGUCAUUGGCUGUAUGGCUAAGGUGUGUAUGAGAUGUGUGUGUGUGUGUGUGCGUGUGUGUGUUGUUAUUCUACGGGGAUAUUUUUACUUAUGGGUUUGUAGUGUGACCAAAACUGGGAAAACUGAUAUGCCAAAUGUGAAAAUAAAUUUUGUAGUUAU